AUGUCGGAUCGCGUCAAUCAACUUGCUGGUCAUCUCAACUACCCACAAGGUCUUCUCACAGGCCAGGUAGCCAUCAUCACUGGCAGCGGCCAAGGAAUCGGCGCAGAAGCAGCAAGAUUAUUCGCCAAAGAGGGCGCGAAGGUUAUUGUCGCGGAUAUUGAUGCAGAGAAAUGCAAUGCUGUUGCUGAUAGCAUCAACAAAGCUGGUGGCAAGGCCCUAGCUGUGCCUGGAGAUAUCCUUAAGCAGGAGUACAUCGACGCUCUGGUAAAAAGCGCUGCGGACUUUGGCAAUGGCAAGAUCAACAUCAUCGUCAACAAUGCAGGUUAUACGUGGGACGGCGUCAUUCACAAGAUGACGGAUAAGCAAUGGGAUACCAUCAUGGCUCUACAUUGCACCGCUCCUUUCGCUCUUGUACGAGCCGCAGCGCCUUACUUCCGCGUGCGCGAUGGCGCUCCUCGCUGCAUUGUCAAUAUCUCAUCCACGUCAGGUGUGCAUGGAAAUGCUGGACAACUCAAUUAUUCUGUGGCAAAGGCGGGCAUCACAGGCUUUACUAAGACGAUCGCAAAGGAAUGGGGUCCUGCGUUCGGUGUGAGGGCGAACACUGUUGCGUUUGGACAUAUUCUCACAAGGUUGACCGCAGCCAAGGAGGAUGGUGCGUUCAUCACUGGGCCAGAUGGUGAGAAGAUUGCGUUGGGCAUCCCGGCCAAGCAGAAGCAGGCUGCUGGAGAAGCUGCUCAUGCGGAUAUUCCGCUUAGGAGAGCAGGUACUGCGACUGAGGCUGCGAGCGCUGUACUGGCUGUGGCGAGUCCAUUGUUUUCGUAUGUAACAGGUCAGACUAUCAUGGUGACAGGAGGACGAAACAUGUAG